AUGGUACGUAGUAGACACUUUAAAUUAGAAAAUUUUCGGAUAAGCACACCACGUGUCUUAUAUUUUAUUCAGGCGAAGAAGAAGUUGAGUAAGAAAGAACGAGCGAAGCUUGAAGCUGAGCAAGCUGAGACACUUCGCAUAGAGAUGGAAAAGGAACGUUUAAAAAAGCUGGAAGAAGAUCGUGAACGAAAAAUGCGAGAGCGACAAGAUGCCAAAAAAAAGCAAGAACAAGAAGCUGUCGAGAAUAAAUUACGGCGCGUUCAAUUGCGGGAAAGCUCUCAUGUUUUGAAGAAAUCUAAAGAAGAAAUAAAACGUCUAUUGGCAGAAGAGAAGUUGGAGACUGAAUGGAAUAGUUAUAUGCGAUGUAAUGGACUUCCAAAUGCUAACGAUCCAAGUGAUUUACGAAAGUAUAUUCAUAUGUGGAUUGAUGAUGUCAAGAAGUUGAACAAAAAGGAAAUCAAUUGGCUUUUGAAGACUAACGAGCAGAGUAUUUUGACUCAAGAUCAAACAGUCGUCGACCUCACACGAGCUAAUCUUAAAAAACUUCAACCAGAAGUCGGUGACAUGUAUGCUAAGCGAACAAAAGAAGUGCUUGGCAUUCUCGAUGAAAUCGAUGCAGUUGUUAGGGAUCGAUAUUCGUUGUCGGUCACUAAAAUGGACGAUUUAUUAGAAUUGAAACUUGAAAUCCGCACAAUUUUGUCAUCGUUUAUCGAUGAGUUUACAUUCAAAAUACUUAGUAAUAUUGAACGCAACAUGACUCUAAGUGGAUUAACUGAAGCAAAAUAUAAAUAUGAAUCUUUCGUAUUUAAAACUGAGAUUUAUGCUCUUAGGGAUAUUAAAUUUCAUUUUUACAGGAACCCAAAGGACAAACUUAAAGAUGAGAAGACAAGCAUCGACUUUCCAAUAUUGCACAUGAAUUUACUUUUGCCAAGUGUCAUUAAGUGCAUCAGUUCAGCAAUUCGUGGUCUGUGGUUAAACUUUGAUCAUCUAAGUGACUAUUGUCAAAGCGGUAUUCUCAAAUACGAUGACAGCAACAGGAAGAAAUUAACUUUACGACAAACAACAAAACGUGAAUGGAAGAAACGGAAAGAGUUGCUUCAGCAAGCUCUUUUUCAAAUUUUCAAUGAAAAACCCGACGAAGCAUCGGAUGAACCAAAUGUGCCGAGAGUUAUUGAUGUCGACAAGAUGUACACAGAAUAUGAGGAUGAAUUGAAUGCCAUUGAACGUAACAAGAUGGGUCGGGAUUCACUCAAACUUGAUGAAUUUGAAGUGAAUUUGAGAAGCCAUAAAAUCACCGGAGGAAUUUUUCAAAUCGAUUAUCUCGAACAACCUUUACAGGAUGUAAAAUUCGACGAGGGCGUAAUUCAUCCGGUGCAGUUGAAGAAGAAAGGCUGGUUUUAUCCAUAUCGACCACCACCACCACCCAAGCCCGGUGCUCGUCGCCAGCCAGAAGAAGUUGAAUUAGAAAUAAAGACCAUGGAAGAAAAUAUGGAACGGAUGGUGUUAGUUAAUAUUGAUUUACCGGAUACCGUCUCAUGGUUUGAGCCACCAAUUGUGUGUCGCUUCGAGUCAGAAGAAGAGUUCCAAGAAGUAAAAUCACUUGAGGAACAAGCAAAACAAAAAAGUCGUAAGGACGACGAUGUCGACGACGACAUAGAAUUAAGAAAAGAUGAAGAAACUGAAAAAGCUAAAGAAAUGAAACAAGAAAAUGUUAUUGGCAAGCCAACGAAGGAACAGAAAAUAAAGAUUGUGGAAGAUUUCAAUUUAAUUGACAUACCGAAGAAAAUUAAUUUGCAACCUUUAUUUGAAGAGUUUGUCAUUCCAUUGAUACCCGAUGGCUAUGAAAUCAAAUUCGAAGCGAAAACAUCGUACGACAUCGGACGGAAAUGUUAUAGAGAGAAAAUCUACACUAUUGAUGAUGUCGUUUAUCAAACGCGUCAACCCCGUUCACUCUUUCCCAGCUGCAAGACUAAAAAAAUCCUCAAAGUGGUGAAAGAUCGAUCAAGAUUUGAGUUGUCAGCGGGAUUAGAGUUCUCAAGUGAUGAAGAGAAUGACGAAAGCAUGUACAGCGUUGAUUCCGAUCAAAUGUCAAGCACAUCGAACGUCUACAUGUUCUCGAAAUUCAUGCAUGACCUUGAAGACUUGAUUGAUAUGGAGAUUCCGUCAUUUGAAAAAAAGAUUGCUGAAAUGUCUUUUAAUCUGUCGAUGGCAACGGAAGUGAAUGAAAAGACGGGAAUCGACAGAAAAGAUUCCGGCAUAUCAUUGACAAAAACAAAUUCAAAGAGUCUUCUCGAUGUUUCAUCGGAAGGCGAUUCAGAAGCGGAAUCUGACACCGAUAACGAUGAACAGGAGAAAGAAACAGUAACUCAUGCAAUGAUCGAUACUUUAGUGAAAGAAGCCAAUAUGAAAAGAUGUUCGGGUCGUUGGAGUACUCGUGAUAUUCAUGACGUUAAAUUUAAUGAAGAUAAACUUACGAUACAAUUUCGAACUGGUCGUUUGGGAUGCUUCGCCUUCGCUUCGAAUCGCUAUAGCAACUUUCCUUUCCAAUCAUGGGAAUUCAAGCCAGAGUUUAAAAUUCCAGGUGCGAUUAUUUUUACAUUAACUGCCGCACAACUUGUCAUGGAAGUGAUGGUGACGGAGAAGGGAAUUACUUUGAAUAGUCUCCAAGGGGGAUCGAAUAAUCCGAGUGUUCUUGUGAAUGUCAUUGGUUCUCCAAUGAAGCUUGAAGAUUUGAUGAAGGUGUUGAGAAAUUCUGCAUGUGACGUUUUUCCAGACGACGAUGCUUUUUGCUACACAGAAAGCAGUUGUGAGAAAAAUUAUGUUAUGGAAAUGCAUAUCUACCAAUGUAUGGCAUGUUUUGCUUUAUCACACAACUUUUCUUGGUCUCGAUGGAAUUUUGCUGCUGGCAGUCGAACUUGUGUGUUUUUAAUGCGAGAACUUUUAGAGUCUCGUAAACUGCCAAAUCAAUCGACAGUUCAUGUGACACCAUUCAAAGCCUGCCUAAUCGACUGUACUGAAGUGUCGCCCUCAUACUGUUCUACACCUUUGGAGGAAGAUUAUUAUGCGGAUCCAUAUCACCUAGCAAUGACAAAAAUCCAACCGGUCUCAAAAAGUAAAAUGGAUUCGAUGAACCCUCUUUUACGACAAAACAUUAUUCAACUACUUAAGUCUGUUCGACCGCUGAGUUUUUGUUAA